UCCCGCUGUGCAGCCGUCGCGACGAACACGACGCUGCCGCUUAUCACCGCACGCGAGAUCGCGACGGCGAUGAGGUCGUAGAUAGGGCGAUAGUCCUCGUCGUAAGAUCGCCCGCCCGGCACUCUCCAGAUUGCUGAACCGACUGCGGACUAGAUGGAGACAAAUCGCCGUUCGUGACAUUUCCCGUCCGUUUUGGUUGUGUAAGUGAUGUGAGGUGUACAAUAUGUGCAAGAUGACACUGGUGUGGCUCGUGGAAUUGGCAGUGGUGUUGGGGCUCUUGAUGGAAGAUGUCCUUCCCCUGAAAAACGUAGUCCUGACUAUUGAACCGGAAGUCGUCCAGCGCCACAACUUCUCCAGACUCCGUUGUUCCUACGACUUGGAAGGUCAGGAUUUGUACGCUGUGAAAUGGUACAGAGGAAACCACGAGUUUUACAGAUACACGCCCAGCGAAGACCCAAGCACCAAGGUGUUUCCUGUGGGUGGAAUCACAAUAGAUGUCAACAACUCGAACUCCACCCAGGUCGUUCUACGAGACAUAGAAUUCAACCUGUCUGGCAACUUCAGCUGCGAAGUUACCACCGAUAAGACAUUUUCAACGAGAAUCGACACUCAAACUAUGCUGGUAGUACAGUUGCCGGAUUUCCCCCCAGAAAUCAGCGUUGGCAGAGACCCCCUGGACUAUGGAGACACCCUCAAGGCCAAUUGCAGCUCUCCCCCAGCCCGCCCGCGGGCGUCACUCAAGUUUGUCCUGAAUAAUCUCACAGUGGCCAGGACAGAGCCCCUGACCCCCCGCCAGUACCAGGAGUCGGCGUGGAGCGACCUCUCCUUGAAGAUGGUGCUGUCGGAGUACCAUUUCAACGGGGGCAAGCUGAUACUGCGGUGUAUCGCCGAGAUUGACGACAUCUACCACGAGGAGGCGGUGCUGCGGCUGAGCAGUGCCAGAGAACCCCGGCCAGAAAGAGUGAGCGCCUUCGACUCGGCAAGUAGCGCCCUCUCGCAGACCGUACUUCAACUAGUUCUAGUAAGUUACGUUGCGCUUGUAUUGAGUUAGGGUUUGCCCGAUUUAGAGCGCCGUAUCAAAUUUUUAUAUUUGUAAAAAGAAUGUAUAAAGUUACUAUUAAAUUAAGAGAUUAAAGACGUUUACUUAUUUGUUUUCCCAAACGUCAAAGGUAGCUUGAUCGAGAAAUACGCGUCCGGAAAGUGACACUCUAAAACAAACAAGUGUUAAAUUUACUUCCUCUGUGAGGCUCAGUCAACGGGGAUUUAACUUUUAAUGGAAAACUGAAAUAUAUUAAAAACGUUUCCUGUUGCGAAUUUUCUGCUCCGGCGUGUCUGUCAAGCGCGUUUUCUGCUAUGUCUGUCCUUUAAAUGUUUAUAUUUUGUGACAUUUGAUCACUCUUACUUUUUUAAGUACAGGGUGACUGAAAUUACUGCUCUACAUGAGAAAACAACUGUACAUACGCACUUUGAUUGACCCCCUCGAUACCCAGACCCGACACCAAUUGAUUAAUUUUUUUUAUGGGAGUUUCAGGGAAAAUUUUUUCGAACAAAUGCAGACAUACUGUAUGCCGAAUAGUUAGUCGGAGUUGAUAUAUGAUUUUAUUUUAUCAAUAUUGAUAAUUCCCUAUUAGCAAAUGAGGCGAUUUUCCGCAAUGGCCGAUGCAGGGCUAUUUCAUCUGAUUACAUUAAAUGCUAAAUAAACUGAUUGCUCUCGUUCCACCAAUUCAUUGUGAACCAAAUUGCAAAUGUCGCUUAAAUGGGUUCACAUUUAUUGGUUUCAUCGUUCCACGUUCCAUAGUUUAAAAACGGCAGAGUUCAUUAUUUGUGAUUUAGUGUUGAUGAAAUGCUGGAAAUACCAUGUACGCAGCAUAUAAAAGAUACAAAAACUGACGGUAUUAAAAUCCGGAUAAAAUCCUAUCGCCGAUGCGACACAGAUUCUGACUUGUUGAAAAAAUUUUCCACGAAUGUUAGAACGGUGUGUAAUACAACAAAGAGACUGGAUAGAAACCUAAAAAAUACAUUUUUUUCAUUCAGCAACUGGUAUAGUGGGUGUAAGAGCAGGAUUUCAGUUCAGAUAGGUACUGUCUUCCAGUAAUUCAUUCUUAUACUUCUUGUUUUUUCCCUCUGUUUCUGUUCUCUACCUCUUCUUCUAUUACUUCAUCAUUUUGUGUGCUCUCAAUUUUCAUUUUCUUACAAACCUUUAUUCUCUACUUCGUACUCUCUUCAGUUUGUUUUAUGUAGUUGUCUGCAUUAUGUUAAACUAUCUACUGGACUGAAGACAACAGAAUUACAAAAAAUGUGGCUUACUACUAUAUGAUAUUAUAUCCUCCGUUUACGAAAUUUGUAACUAUGUUGGGAACAAUAAAGCAAACAUCGAAAAUGUUACAAUUCAACAUUUCUACGACCCGCCAUAUUUGAUAUUCGAGAAAUAACCUUUUCCAGGACAGGGCCACUGAUGCUCGAGCUCGGUCUGUAUCACUUUAUUGGAAACACGCCAUUUCAGUGCACACUAGAAUGCACCCCUUGUUUGCAAAUAUGCCGAAAAUUGUCGUGGCAGCAACACAUAAAAACAAAGUUUUAUGAUAUCUCGCUAUAAAAAGGAAUCCAGAUAAAAUAUUUCCCUGGGCUAUUCGACACGAUGCUCCCGGUUUUAUGAGCAUACUUUUACAAUGGGUCGCAAUAAUUCUAAAAUAUGAGCGGGAAUCGAAGUCGGCUGGCCCAACAAUCGGGGCGUUUGUACCCGGGAGGCUCCUGAAAUUCGCUGAACAAAAUAGCAACGGGAGAAACUUGUUUGACACACAUACCGAGCUCGGCGAUGCUACAUCUUCAUUAAAUCUAGAUGAAUAAAUUUCUCAAGAUCGAUAUUCAAUAAAGGUAUAUUACACCAAAGUUUAUUUCCACUUUUGCUCAAGUUUGAACAGUUUCUGCUGAAGUACUGAUAAAAUUAGGUGUAAUUGUAUAAAAUCUGAUACACACGGGACAUUUCAUAGGCCAAACGGUAGGAUAAGAACCUCAUACCUCAAGAAAUUGGUAUUUUGCCACUAACUUGUCUAAUUAUCAUUUCUUAUCGAUAUAGGUCGCAAAACUCGCACAAUAUGGGGGCAUAGUAAUAAUAACUAUAACUCUCGACGGACUCCAGCCAUUCUUUCAAUAAGUAAUUCCGAAACUUUUCCAUUUCCUCCAAGUUUGCGAAAUAAAGCAAACCUAAUGCUUUGUCCUGUCAAGUAACAAUGGCUAAAGUCGAUACGCCUUUCCCGGCUUCAUACAAAAUUCAAAACGAUUUUUACGGUACAGGCAACGAAAAGACUGGUAAUUGUUCUGUUUUACAUAAUCUGUGGAAGAAUUUGAUAAUAAACUGAUAGAAAUAUGCGUUGUUAGAAGAGUUGGCGUCGUCAAUUCAAACUGAAAUAUCCUCUAGCAUUUUUUUGGGCUCUGUUCACUGUAGUAAUUCCCACUUUCCGUGUUCCUGCUUUAUAGACAAACAUAAAAGCACUGCAGAUUCGCCCGUGUUGGAUGCUUGCACAGAGAGCAAAGUUGCGCCUUCUUUGAUCUGUUUGCGGGUUAAUGUGACCGCAUGUGUGGAAUUGCUUCUCUUCUUAAACGCUGUACCGGAAUUUUCUAAUGACUCCUCAAACUGCAAAGCGACUGUUGGUAAUGCGAACGGCAUGCCAUGCCAAGUCCAAUAUCCGUUAGUGAACAUUCUGGUCGUGUCCCAGUACUUUGUUUCAAUGUUGUUAGAUUUACAAAAGGCGAACAAUUUUAAGAAAUAUGUAGACAUACCAAGGAAAAUAUUGUCCAGAAGUUGUAGAACGACACAAAAUCUACAGAGAAAAAAAUCAGACAUCAAGGAAACGAAAAUGAAAUUGCGAGAGUUGGGAGCAAAUCAUAUUUCUUACUCUUAGAUGGAUAUUUUAAUAAAUUUCUAGUAGUAUGAUUUAUAUUACUGUCGUGUUACAUUUCAACUAAAUUUUGAGAAUAUGUCAAUAAUCAAAGGUCAAACAAUUACAUAUUAGAUAAGGUCAAAGGUUAUGAUUCACAAAAAUUACAUCGAAAGCAAUUCAACAUAGUUUUUCAAGACAAAAUUCGAAAGAUAAACGAAAAUAUCCUUCAAACUGUGAUUUGUCAAAGAUAGGAGAAUAUUCGCGAACAAAUUUGGUCAACCGGUAACUAGAGUUAUUCGACUGAUUCGUUUUUCCAUAUCCCAUGGCACUAAUGACAGAUCUUUCUACCUGUUCCGUUACAAUAAAAAUUAUGUUCCCGCUGACUGAGACCAAGGAAUGAGAACAGACCUAAAUUAUUUAUCACCCGAUUAAUAUUUUAUGUUGUAAAUGAAUAAAUAUAUGUUUAUUUAGUGAGCCUAAUAGUGCAUUAACCUGUUUUUUAUCAUACUGUAAAAAGCUUAGCGGAUGGGUCUUGCGAAAAUAAUGGAUCUGAUAUUUGGCAACCCCAUUUCGAAUUGAUUACUGUAUUUAGUACGUCUUAAUGAUUUUUAUAUAGAUUUAUAAAUAAUAAAUUUUGUACCAGAUACUCACGUAACUGUUAACGAUAAUUUUGUAUAAAAUGUCAGUCUGGAGAAGCUAGAUAAAGUUACCCGCCAAAUGUCAAUUAAAACCAGCUCACAGCUUUAGACAAUCAAAGCUAUAUUAACUAAUUUCAACAAGCGACGUAAAGGUGCGUUUACACUAGGCGAAUAAUCGCGAGCGUGCAUAAAAAACCCAGCCUUACAAAUAUUUAAUACUGUAUGUAUUUUUUUUGUAAAACUGUACGCACCAUUUUGUUUCUAAACAUCUCGAUCUGUCUAAUGUGCAAAUUUUUUAUUUAAUCGAUCAAUGAACAGUUAUAAAAAGGAACAGCUUCUCGGCAUUGUGUCAAAAUGUCUUUGAAAUAAUUAUUUCAUUGACACCAUGUAUAUUUUUUGUUGCGAAAGCGCUUGACGGGCCAGAGGAUGGGAUGAAUAAUUAAAAAAUAAAGCAAGCCCUGUCUUAACACAGGCUUAGAUCGCAGAUAGUGUCCUGUUACCUAUUUUAAAUUCAAAAUGGCCCUAUUUAUAUAAACCAGCUAAUUGCUCUAAUGCUUGCAUAGGCUCGGCAGUAAUGAAAGAGCUUAGUAAAGGGUAGAUUACAAAUAAUGGCAUGUCGUUCACGGAUUAACCCUAUAAGCCCUUAUCUCCAAUAGCCCCCACUUCUAUGAGGGAAGCAGCGACGCCGCUCCAAGGUAAUAUACCGGGCGUCCUUUGUACCUAGACCAGCGAUGGUAAUACUGUUAGGUAUUUACUUACACUGGCCGGCAGACUUCCCAGACUUAAGUCCGAGUAAGCAAAGUUAUUCUGAGGCAAUGUCGAGAGGUUGUUGCAGCAACAAACUUGCAGGUCUUUUAUGUAGCUUCUCCAUUUUAUGGUUUAAAUGUAUUAACAAAUAUUUAACAAACUGUAGAAAAAGAUAUAAUGAAACAGAUGUUCAAUGUCCAUUUUUUUGUUGAAGACAAUGUUAACUGUGAUAAUAAAAUAAAGUCGUUACGUUCA